AUGGCGGCCGUGCAGGGUGGUCUGGUCGACGCUGUUGAGGAAAAAGAUAUAAAAACAGAACCAUCGAACGAUAGCGGAGGAAAUAAUAAUGCAGGCGAAGCCCGACUGCUCUCCCCGUCCCCUGGCUCCAGUGCUUCGGCGGGAAGUGCUAAAAGUACGACGGGAGCCCCGGAGGACCAGUCUACGCUGCUGGCUGUCCUGCAGUUCCUCAAAAAGAACAAACUCACCGAGUCCGUUGACAUUUUGCGUCGUGAAGCGGGAUUACCGGAGGAUGUACUCGAUUCAAAAGGUACCGAUAGCUCCGGGGCAGGUUCGGGUGCUGCAGCGGACAGCGCGGACGCAGCAGGCGGAGAUGCGAGCUCUUUGCUCAGCCGAGUGACCGGCUCAUCCUCCGCGCCAGCCCCGGCGCCCACCAAAGCUCCUGGGGAGGAUCAGCCGGAUGUCAACGUGGUGCUGUCGGCUUACAGCCAGCAGGGAGACCCGGCGCUGUAUGGGGUUUACUACAACGGCCUGAAGAGGUUCAUAGAAUCUGUUCUGGACUGUCACCGAGCAGAGCUGUCCCAGUUGUUUUACCCGCUGUUUGUGCACAUGUAUCUGGAGCUGGUGUACAACAAUCACGAGAAUGGCAAGGUGUUCUUUGAAAAGUUCAGCGGGGAUCAGGAGUGCUACUAUGCAGACGACUUGCGUGUUUUGUCAAGUCUGACAAAGAAGGAGCACAUGAGAGGCAAUGAGACCCUGCUGGACUUCCGCACCAGCAAGUUCGUACUCCGUAUCUCCCGUGACUCUUACCAGCUGCUUAAGAGGCAUCUGCAGGAGCGUCAGAACAACCAGAUCUGGAAUAUCAUCCAGGAGCACCUCUACAUCGACAUCUUUGAUGGCAUGCCGCGCAGUAAGAGCCAGAUCGACGCCAUGUCGGGCAGCUUGGCCGGAGAAGCGAAGCGGGAGGCGAACAAGGCUAAGGUUUACUACGGACUGCUGAAGGAGCCAGAAAUAGAGCUGCCUCUUGAUGAUGAGGAUGAGGAGGCAGAGAAUGAGGAAGGUAAACCCAAGAAGAAGAAACCCAAGAAGGACAGCAUGGGCUCCAAGAGCAAGAAGCAGGAUCCUAAUGCACCUUCACAGACCAGGAUACCUCUACCAGAGUUAAAGGAUUCAGACAAGCUGGACAAGAUCAUGUACAUGAAGGAGGCCACCAAAAGGAUCCGCCUGGCACCAGAUAACCUCCCCUCCAUCUGCUUCUACUCUUUUCUCAACGCUUACCAGGGUUUGACUGCAGUGGAUUUCACAGACGACUCCAGCCUGAUCGCCGGAGGCUUCGCUGACUCCACAGUACGAGUGUGGAGUGUCACACCGAAAAAACUCCGCAAGGUCAAGUCUGCAGCAGACUUGAAUCUGAUUGACAAAGAGUCGGACGAUGUGCUGGAGAGGAUCAUGGACGAGAAGACGGCCAGCGAGUCAAAGAUCCUCUAUGGACACAGUGGCCCGGUAUACGGCAUCAGCUUCAGCCCAGACAGGAACUAUUUGUUGUCAAGUUCUGAAGAUGGUACAAUCAGGCUGUGGAGUCUGCAGACAUUCACUUGUCUGGUGGGCUACAAAGGCCACAACUACCCAGUGUGGGACACCCAAUUCUCCCCUCAUGGGUACUACUUUAUCUCUGGGGGACAUGACCGAGUGGCCCGCCUGUGGGCAACAGAUCACUACCAGCCCCUGCGGAUGUUUUCUGGUCAUCUAGCAGAUAUCACUUGCACCCGCUUCCACCCCAACUCCAAUUAUGUUGCCACAGGAUCGUCUGAUCGAACCAUCCGGCUCUGGGACGUCCUGAGCGGAAACUGCGUUCGCAUCUUCACUGGUCACAAGGGUCCUAUCCAUGCGCUGGCUUUCUCUCCCAAUGGGAAGUACUUGGCUUCAGGAGCGACUGAUGGCAGAGUUCUUCUGUGGGACAUCGGUCAUGGACUUAUGAUUGGGGAGCUUAAAGGCCACACUGACACAAUCUACUCCCUCAAAUUCAGCAGAGACGGAGAGAUCCUGGCCUCUGGCUCCAUGGACUACACUGUCCGUCUGUGGAAUGCGAUGAAAGCUUACGAUGAUUUAGAGACGGACGAUUUCACAGCAACCACAGGACACGUCCAUCUACAAGACAACUCCCAGGAGCUUCUGCUCGGAACCUACAUGACCAAAUCCACACCCGUAAUUCACCUUCACUUCACCCGCAGGAACCUGCUGCUAGCCGCUGGGGCCUACAAUCCAUGAGGCAUCAUGGAAUAACUCAAGAAUAACAUAGUUCAAAGGCAAACGCCUGUUCCAUGAAUUCCACAAGGGAAAGCCUAUUUGUGGUGCAGUGGGAACAAAAUGUAACUAUCAACAAAUCACCUCUGGUGCUUAUCUAACUGUGAAUGAAGAUACGAGUUAGGUUAGCCAACUCCUUUUUCUUGCCCUCAGUAUGAUGGACGCAGGCACAGAAUCAAGUGGAUCAUUGCAGAUAUUCCUUGGACAAAGAUAAGUGCCAUGUUGACUGAGAACGGUUUUUAGAAAUCACUGCCAUGAGUACAGCUGGGUUCAACACGUCGCUGACAUUGGGACUUUAACUGUAUCAUAGUAUUUUAUACCAGUGGACACUGUAAAUAAAACAAGUGUUUUCUA